GGGGGCGGAGUCCCAGGAAGUGACGCCCCCUGCUGCGGCGCGGAGACUUUGGCUAAGCGGGCGACCUUUAGCCGGCGAUGGAGAACCGAGCGGUGUACGGUCCCACAACCGAGGCGGCCCCGGGUGCCGGCAGGGGCGCGCUCAGCGGCCUGGCCGCCUGCUUCACCCUGGGCCGGCUCCCAAAGUCUCAGCGCGUUCUCAAGGGCUUGCAGCUGCUGCUGUCCCUGCUGGCCUUCAUCUGUGAAGAGGUUGUGUUCGAGUGCACGCUGUGUGGAGGCUUGUACUUCUUUGAAUUUGUGAGCUGUAGCGCCUUCCUCCUGAGCCUCCUCCUGCUGAUUGUGUACUGCACCCCACUGUAUGACAGGGUUGAUGCUGGAAAAGUCAAAUCAUCGGAUUUUUACAUCACCCUGGGAACAGGGUGUGUAUUUCUAUUGGCGUCUAUCAUUUUUGUUUCUACCCAUACUGGGACCUCACCUGAAAUUGCUGCAAUUAGUUGGGGGAAGGUCAUCUCCAGACUUCAGAGGAGAUUUUAAGACAAACAUGCUUGAAUCUGAAACAGGGUGGCAUCGGCGGGGCAACACCACUUUCUGGGCCGGCUUUUCAGUGAUCUCAAUCAACACGUGACUGCUAACCAAUACUGUGUAAUUACAAUAUUUCAUAUAAAAGGAACCAUGCAAUGUGGGACCUUUUGUGUUUGGAUCUUUGUCACCAAGGUUUAGCCAUGGUGUGGCAUGCAUUGAUAUUUGAUUCAUUGUGUGUACACCUAUGUGCACACAGUGUAGAGGCCAGGAGGACGUUGUGUGUCUCCCUCUACCACUCUCCAACUUAAUCCUUUGAGAUAGGGUCUCUCACUGAAUCCGAAGCCAGCAAGCUUCCAGGAUCCUCCAGGCUCCACCCCCAGUGCUGGUCUCCAUCUUAGAGGAUACAGGCACUUGUGGUGCUCCCUUCCCUACGAGCCCCGCAAGGACUUGGCUUUCAAGGUUAAUUUUUACUGGUCAUAACCGCUCGGUGCUUUUUAUGCUAAGUCUCCGGGCAUCGGCGGACAACAACUAAGAGCGGCGUUGACAGCUCCGACAGGCCCCUUCACGGCAGCACCAGUCGGCAAAACGAUCUAGUGCACUGCCUUUUUUUUUUUUUUUAAAAAAAAAACCUCAUUAGCCUUUUAAAUAUAACAUGGAACUGGGAAGCUAGAGAUAAAAUCGUUAGCUACAAAUUCACAGGACGAAGUCACUUGACUUUCAUUGAAGAACACACUCAGCGCUAGGGAGAGCUAGGAAUGGAGGACGUGGAGAGACUACAGGGUUCCAGUGGGAAAGCAGAGUGACCUCCUCCGAGAGCGCGAGGGGAAGGAGGAGAGGGGCUGAGGGGCAGGAUGCUGUCAGCUCAGGAGCAGCGGCUUUCCCUGCUGAGCCAUCUCACUAGUCCAAGGUCGGGACCUUCUCUAAGAAAAGUCAGAAAGAACCCUGUCCUCCCUCUGACUGCUCCGCGGCAUUCCCUUUGAUAGGCCAGCGUCUGCCUCUCCUGGUGUCCUGCUGCUGACCAGGUUCCUGUCUCCAGCUACUGCAAAGUGGCCCCAAGCACGGCUAAGACCACUAAGCCCUCUGGUCUGUAUCCAGGGUCCCCCUGGGGUCAUUUACACCGAGCGACGAGCAGAUCCUCAGGACAGUAUUUUAUGUUGCUGUGACCAAUCAGCUGACAAGAAACAACGUAAGGUCUGAGGAGACAGCUCCUCUGGUAAAGUGCUCCCUGUGCAAGCCUGGUGAACUGAGUUCAGAUCCCCAGAACCCCUGUAAAAGACGGGAGGCCAAGACGGGAGUCUUCUGAAGCGCAGGCCGGGCACACGGAGUGUGAACAGGGAGACCCUGUCAUGGGCAAGGGGGCAGGCAAGGACUGAUACUUGAGGUUGUCCGGAUACCCACAGGUGUGUCAUGGAGCGAACACACACACACACACACACACACACACACACACACACACACACACAACUGAAAAAAAGGGGGGAGGAUUUAUUUUGGAUUAGGUUCCACCACAUGUGACUGCUCUUAUUGAUUUACUUGGACAGUCUCACUAUAUAGCCUCAAACUCUCGGCGAUGCCCUUGCUUCAGCCUGCUGAGGGGACUUCCUUCCUAUUGAGUUUUCUCAGCUCCUCGUCUGGUAGUCCAGUGCUUGACAACAGUCAGCGGCUCUGAAGGUCUAACCCCUGCAUCCUCUGACCGCCUUCCAAGCUCUGAGAAAGCUGCCACCUGCCAAGGCUGGGGCCACACACAGACGCGCAGGGCAUUUGAAAAAGACCAAGGGCGUAAAAUCUGCUGAGUCAGUGGACGGAGCAAGCAAUGUGAACUCAGAGAGAGACUGAGUUAAAUGAUGUUAGAGGCCAGGCAUUUUUCUUUUGCAAUUUCCCAGAGGCUACCAGGUUUUAUCAAGGAAAGUAGAGUUUCUUAAAAUAGAUCUCACUCAUUUAAAAAGAAAAAGUGAGAGAUAAUUGGUGUGUGUGUGUGUGUGUGUGUGUGUGAGAGAGAGAGAGAGAGAGGCAGACAGACAGACAUACACACAUAUUCCAGGCUGGCCUUCAGCUCACUAUUUUGCUAAAGGUGACUGUGAACUCUGAUUCUCUCCCUCUGCCUUCCAGGUGCUCGGUGGGAUUACAGGUGUGCACCCCACAUCUGGUUUGUACAAUGCUGGGUAACGGAGUCCAGGACUUCCUGCAUGCUGAGCAAGCAUUCUCCCACCUGGGCUACACCCCCAGUCUCAUAAAAGCCAUUGUUAACUUGCAGGCUGUAGACACCAUGCAUGCUGGGGGGCUUGUCAGCAGGCCUGCGUGGGUCUCAGUAGGGGUCCCGAGGAGCCCAGGGGCCAGUCCUGACUUAGUAUGUGUGCUCUGGGCCUGGCUCUUCUGACCUCGGGCGGUAUGGGUGGAGGCUCGGUCAUGUACAUUGCUCUGCAGCAGCAGUCCACUAAAUGGCUGAGCCACACUGUUUACCCAUCAACUUAUUCCUAGAUAAGCCCCGUUUACAUUUCUUUAUCAUAAUCUUGAUUGUUAAAAGAGUAAACAGGCCUAGCUGGGUCUGGUAGUGUUGGUCUGCAAUCCCAGUUACUCACGAGGUGGAAACAGGAGAUCAGGCCAGCUUGAUCCAGUUAAGAGACUGUCUCAAAUUAAAAAGUAAAAAGAAAAGGGCUGGAGAGAUGGCCCAGUCAGUGGUUAAGAGCACUGGCUGCUCUUCCAGAGAACUCGGGUUCAACUCCUAGCAGCCACAUUGAGGUUCCCAACUAUCCGUAACUCCAUUCCAGGGGCUCUGACAUCCUCCUCUGACCUCUGAGGGCAUCAGACACGCAUGUGGAGCACAAACAGACAUGUAUACAAAAGCAAAACAUUUCUACACAGAAAAUUAAAUAAAUUACAAAAAAAAAAAAAAAAACAAAGGACAAACAGAAGGUGAGCAGGCCAGUCGGCAGAGGGAUUGCCUGGUACACAUGAAGCCCUGGGUUCAGUUCCCCAGCACCAGGAACGGGAGCAGCAGCCUGUAAUUCCUGUACUCAGGAGGUGGAGGCAGGAGGACCGAAAUCAGAGGUCAUCUUCACCUCCUCAGAAAGCUUCAGGGCAGUCUGGGCUACGUGAGACCCUCUCUCAAAAUAACAACAAACAACAACAACAAAAAGUAAUUAUAACUAUGGGAACCUCCUCAAUAUCUCUCCCUCUGCCUUCCAGGUGCUGGGAUAACAGGUAUGCACCCCACAUCUGGUUUGGACAAUGCUGGGUAAUCGAGUCAAGGACUUUGUGCAUGCCAAGCAAGCAUUCUCCCACCUGGGCUGCACCCCAGUCCCAUAAAAGCCAUCGUUAACUUGCAGGCUGUGAGAUACUGCCAAAGAACUUUCUUUGCUGUUUGUCCUUUUCUUCUAGACAGGGUUAUGUAGCCCAGGCUGGUCUUGAAAUCCUUUAUCCUCUUGGCUCAACUUUGCAACUGCAGAUUGCAGGCACACAUUGCUAUGUUUGCAAUCCCUGCCCCACCUACAAUUUUUUUAAAGCCAUGUUACCAUAAAAACAGGGCAAGUGUGUCCCGGUUCAGAGAUGGACCUGGCACCAGCCAGAGAAGCUUGCCAACAGCUAACGGUAAGGAUGCUCCAGAGUCAGGCUGGGGCUCCCAGGAGGAAGCAAUGUCUGCAGCUGGGAGGCUGGGCAGCCAUGUGGUUCCUCCCUAGAGCUGCAGGAAAAUGACCUGUGGAGAAAGUGGUGUCUGCCUGUUGGAUUAAAGUAUCAACUUGACACAAUCUACAAUCACCUGGGAAGUCUUGUUUUUUUUUUAAAAAUAUUUAUUAUUUUUUUAAAUUUUAUGUGCAUUGAUGCACUGCCUGCAUGUAUAUCUAUGUGAGCAUGUCAGAACACCUGGAACUGGAGUUACAGAGGGUUGUAAGCUGCCAUGUGGGUGCUGGGAAUUGAACCCAGGUCCUCAGAAAGAGCAGCCAGUGCUCUUAAACAUUGAGACAUCUCUCCAACCCAGGAAAAGAGUCAUUUUUAUUUUUUUUCCUUUUGGUUUUUUUGAGACAGGGUUUCUCUAUGUAACAGUCCUGGCUGUCCUGGAACUCACUCUGUGUAGACCAAGUUGGCCAUGAACUCACAGAGCUACGCCUGCCUCUGCCUCCCAAGAGCUGGGAUUAAAGGUGUGUGCCACCACCGCCCGGCAGGAAGAAAAAAAAGAGUCUUAAUGAGGAAAUUUCUAGAUCAGGUUGGCCUGUGGGUAUGUCUGUGGGGGACUGUCUUCAUUGUUGAGGUCCAGGAAGAGCCGCCCUGUAGUGGACGGUAUUUCAUAGUCUGCACCCUGAGCUGUACAGUGAAGAAAGCUAGCCGAGGAGACGCACCACUAAGCAAGCAAAAAUGUUCUCCUUUAUAGGAGUUGCUGUGGUCACGGUGUCUCUUCACAGCAAUAGAACCCUAAUUAAGACAGUUCCCCAUACACACUUUGGACUCUUCACAACUGUCUCUAACUCCAGUUCCAGGGACCAAUACCCUCUUCUAGCACACAAUGCCUGUACUCACACAUAUACAUAAAAUAAACAAAACGUGGUGGUGGUGCAUGCCUUUAAUCCCUGCACUCGGGAGGUGGCAGCAGUCACAUUUGUAUGAGUUCCAAGCCAGCCAAGGCUACACAGAGAGACUCUGUCUCAGAUAGAUAGAAAGAUGAUAGAUGAUAGAUAGAUAGAUAGAUAGAUAGAUAGAUAGAUAGAUAGAUAGAUAGAAACAAAAUAAAAAAUUGUGCUACACAAAGCUUCCUUCCAAAGACAGCUUUGUGGAAACAUUUAAUAUGUUAUAAAUAACUAACAUCUGAGAUUAUGAAAUACCACCCUCCUCUACUUCUAUCAGUCAGGGGGGUUUAGAGUGUCAGCAUUUAUCCUCCUAGGGUGAUGGUUCCUACCCACUAGUUCAAAACCAGUGCGUUGAUUCUUUGCCUUGUGGGGAAAGAUUAAACAUGAUUCACUUCAGUUUUCGUAUGCAAGCAGAAUGACUUUUUCUUUCUCACAAGCUUCCUUGAAGCCUAUUAUUUACCAAGUUUCAAUCUGUCUCCUUGAGUCAAUGGUGUGAGCGGCUGAGUGUUCUCUACUGUUCUGCAGACUUUGUCUAGUGAGCCGCUGACGCCCAUUCCCGUCCUGGGCUGUUAACUGCAGCACAAAGCCCAGCCGUAACCAAGCCAGAGGAAUCCUUCCUCUUCGGCCAUGUGUGCCACUGGGACAAACACCAGGCACCCUCAUCACCCCACGCAGCCCUUCAGCAACUGACUCCAGGCUAAUAUUUGCUUUGGAGGCUCUGGUGUGGACAGACAGAAGCAAACCGGCUUCCUUUGUUCGUAUAGACAGGACAACCAUGCAGAAAACACAGGCCACUCCCGUCAUUCAUUUCGUGCAAAUGUGUGAAGACGCAACGGUGACCGGUCUGCAAAGGUGAGACCUGACACAUUUCUUCAUGCUUCCCUUCUCCCCAAGCCUUCCUCCACCGUGACAGCAACAGGAAGCCCAGAAGGAUGCUUCUAGGACAGUGGGAUGCACAGUCCGUGGGGGAAUUGUAAAGAAAAAGUCCCUCAUGGGAACAGUGGACAGAGCUCGGCAGGUAGAGCGCUCGCCUCAAAAGCACAAAGACCCAGCACCCACGUAAGAAUGUGGGAUGUGUGGGGUUCGCUGUAAUCUCAACACUGGGUGGUGGAGAGACGUGGUGCUCCGCCGCUACCCAGCCUAGCCUACCUGACAAGUUUGAGCCACAGGAGACCCUGUUUUGAAAAAGGAAGGUUAAUGGCUCCAGAGUCACAGCAUGUGGCUGUCCUCUGGCUUCCAUAUGCACUCACAUAUACAUGCAUCUAAACACAGACACAGACACAGACACAGACACAGACACACACACACACACACACACACACACACACACACACACACCAUUCAUGUGAUCUCGUAGAAGCCUAUGAACUUUCACAAAUCCUUGUCAUAAGACCCGGCAGAUACUCUAAGUGACAGAGUUUGCAAUACCAGUUUGGGACAAUCUUUAUCACAUGCCAUAUAAUGUGACCCCACCAGACACACAGUGUGGGACGUAUUAUAUUUUUGCUCAGAUUGAUAACAUAAGCCUCUCCACAGAUAAACCGAGUUAUGGAAAAUUCUAGAAGACAAUAGAAGACAAGUGACCUAGACUCUUAAAAUACCUUGAAUUAUCUCUAACUGGAGAAGUCCUUUGCCUGUAAGUGAUAGAGCUGAUCCAGUGGAUCCUCAGAAAAAAAGGUUUAAAAAGAAAAGAAAAAGGUACGGGGCAAUCUGAGCUGCACUGUGGGUGCCUGAAUUGAUGCUAAUUCCUUCAGUGCGCUGAGGGCAUUGCAAUUGCUUACCUGAGCAUCGUUGUUCUGGGGAGACGCAUCCUGAUCUACUUAGGGAAGACGUGUCACAUGCCUGCAACUCUCAAUGCUUGGGAGCAAAAAAAUGAAACAAGGGCUGGUGAGAGGGCUCAGUGGGCGGAGGUGCUUGUGGCUAAACCUGGUGACCUGAGUGUGACCCUCGGGAUUGAGAUGGUAGGAGAGAACUGACUUCCUCAUGUUGUUCACCGACUUCCACAGCCAUGCCUAGGCUGCACACACAUGAACACACACACACACACACACACACACACACACACACACACACACACGAGUGUAAUAAAGAUCUGUAAAAUUUCAGAAUAACCCAUUAUUCACCGAAAAGGAUAAAGAAUAGAUUAACUGGUAAUUGUAAAAGAAGGCCCGGCAUGGUGGAGGAUCCUAGUAAUCAGGAGUCAGAGGAAGGAGACCAGGCCUACCCCAUCAUAGCAAGGUCCAAGCCAGCCUGGGCUACACAGGGAUCCUCUGUCUCAAACAAAACAAUUACACAUAAAAGGUGUGUAUUGUAAUUCUCAUUUUUCUCAAAGGUUGAUUAGAUUUUCAAAGUGAAAAUGGGCAAUGUGGGGGCACAGCUCAGUGAUCAAAAGACUUAUCUCACAGGUGCAAAACCCCAAGUUAGCGCCAGCAUUGCAAGGCAAAAAAACACCAAAAAACAAAAACAAAAAACCACAACCAACCAACCAAAAAACCAAA